AUGAAGACACUAGUGUGUGUUUUAUGUUUGAUACAAAUAACAACAUCAUUUGUGUUAAAUGUAACUCAGCUGAAUUCCAUCGUUCCUAUUCAGCAGACAGUACCAAUGCAAGAUGACACAAUAACUGUUGAACCUGAAGUAACACAACCAAUGACAACAACAAUCUAUGAGUCAACAACUUCCUCAAAAGCAUCUCCGACAAAUAUAUGGACAGAAUUGAAGGAACAUUUGCCAAUAGUGAUUGCAAUAGGAUGCGGUACUAUCAUAAUCGUUAUCGCAAUCAUUUCCAUCUGUUGCUACUGCAAACGAAAAGCAAAACCAGUAGACUUACGAAAGCCACAACCAGGCCGUAACAGUUAUCGGCAAAGCGAUAUCGAACUAAGCGUACGAUCGAGCAAGACAUCCACAAAAGGAUCCAAUGCUCAACGAAAAAGCAAAGUAAAAUGUCCUUAUAUGAAAGUAGCCAAGGAAUUUGUUGCUUCACUUGAAUGGGGAUCGUCUUAUUUUGAUGAAUUCUUUGAUCAGUGCUAUUGCGACGUAUGUUAUGAUUCGUCGGAGGACGAUGUUGUGUUGGCAGGUAAUGCUAAGUAUGUUAUUCCUCGUGGCUGGGCACGUAUUGGUCUGUACGUGGAUCGGGUGGUCGAAGAACAAAAUAACAUCUGGGACGACUGGAUUGUUACCUUUCAUGGCACGAGCCGAAUAGCAGCACUGUCAAUACUAAAAAGUCGUCAGUUUUGUUUGCCUGGCGAUAAGUUGCUCGAUGGAACUAUAUUGGGAAUUCGCGAGGGACAUAUUCCCGGCAAAAAUCAUAUUUAUACGUCGCCAACAAUUGCAUAUUCUAGUUUGAAACACUACAGCGAGAGAGUUCAAUACUACUCGACAAAAACUCGUCGGUCCUACGAAAUUCUGAUUGUCUUGCAAUGUCGGCAAAAGCCAAAAUCCUUUUCGGUGCAACGUGAAACUGUCAGUGCUGGUAAUAAUCGCAUCUGUCCACAUAUACCCAACGAUAGAAUCGAAUAUUAUACAGAGAUAAGACCAUCCAUUGUUCCAUAUGGCUUACUCCUUAAUAUAGCAGAAAAAUAA